AUGCCUACCCUAGUCUUUCUAGUAUCCGCUUGGCUCGCUUUUAUAUUAGGAGGUAAUUCCGCAUACAUAACCACGAUCGAAACGAGGCAGGAUCCAGGAUUCCGGCUAUUCAUGGAUGGUUACACGUCUAUUUAUAUUGAUCCUGAAUGCAAUGACGUCCAGGAAGGAGUAUUCCACGACGCCUGGGAGGACGCAAAGUUACUCUCAAAGGCACAAUUUGGCAAUGUAGACGGUCACGGUGACGAUAAACCGCACAAGAUGUGGUUAGGUGAUAGCUGGAACAAACGUGGUUCUAGAUAUAAUGCAGUCACCAACGAGCGAACUGGGGAUAUUUACAAAAACAUUUGGAGUAUGAAGUCUCUGUUCGACAACCAAGGGACGGAGGAAAAUGAGCGCAUCUACUGGUGGUGCCAGGAUAUACGCAAUGAAUGUAAUGAAGCUAAUAUAUACGGCGGCUACUUUAAGACGACAGAGAACAUCCCCCAGCCAGACGGUCCCGAGAACUUUCAAUACAAUACCGCUAUGACUGUGUUACACGAGGCCUACCACUACCAAAACCUGGUGUGUGAUCCGCCAAUUGACGAUCAUGCUUGGGGAGCCAUAGACUGCUACAAUCUUGCACAUACGUAUGGCACCAAAAAGGCUUAUCUCAACGCAGAUUCAUAUGCUCUCGAUGCAUUAGCUGUCUAUCUCCAGCAGACGUUUAAUACAGAAGUACCACCUGCUCCAGAACAAUGGCUAGAUCAUUUCAUGCCAGUCACCAACUAA